AUGAGAAUAUCGUUCCUCCUAUGGACGCCGCUCACGGCAGCCAUCAACCUCGACCUCAACACCGCGAGUUCAAUAAGUUCCGUCACCUCAACUAUUGCCUACGACAUGAUGACUGUCUACACAGGAAAUCAAACAGGCCAAGUUCCGGGCUUGCUUCCAGGUUCCCUGAGUUGUGAUCCGAAUGUCCUUGGAACAUAUUGUUGGUGGGAAGCAGGUGCCAUGUGGGGAGCAUUAAUCAACUACUGGCAGUACACCAAUGACACGACGUACAAUGCAGUCGUUUCCGAGGCCCUCCAAUUCCAAAGAGGGCCGGACAAUAACUACAAUCCUUCUAAUCAAUCGAAAAGCAUGGGUGUCGAUGACCAAGUCUUUUGGGCUUUCUCCGCGUUGGAUGCAGUAGAAUCCAACUUUCCCGAGGCCGGGGGUGAUAAUCCUUCUUGGCUUUCACUGGCGCAGGCUGUGUUCAAUUUCCAAACAGGUCUCUGGGACACCGCAACUUGCGGGGGCGGAUUUAGGUGGCAAGUGUUCUCGUUCAAUGCUGGUUUCAAUCUGAAGAAUUCGAUUUCCAAUGGCGGAAACUUCCAGUUGUCGGCCAGAUUAGCCUACAUUACGGGAAAUCAAAGUUAUGCGGACUGGGCGACCCAGGUGUGGGAUUGGAUGGAGCAAAGCCCUCUCUUGCAGAUGGACAAUUCUAGUGGCAUCUUCUACAUCUGGGAUAACACCGAUACCGACAACAACUGCUCCAACGUUGCCAACUACGUGUGGACUUACAACUACGGAACUAUGCUCUCAGGCGCGGCAUACAUGUACAAUUUCACCAACGGAAGCGCUCUCUGGCUGGAUCGUGUCGAGACAAUCCUCAGCAGUGCCUACUCAUUAUUCUUCCCCCAGAAAUAUGGAGGCAACGUCAUGUACGAGCUGGAAUGUGAGGAGGCUAAAACCUGCGAUGAAGAUCAAAAGAGUUUCAAAGCAUAUCUUGCAAGAUGGAUGGCAAUUACGAGUUUACUCGUCCCCAAGACCGCGGAUGGAAUCAAACCGAAACUGGAGGCCAGUGCCAACGGCGCCGCAGGUCAGUGUGAUGGAGGGAGCAAUGGACGACAAUGUGGUAUGCAAUGGUGGACCACUACUUGGGAUGGAACGAAUGGUGUUGGUCAACAGAUGGGCGCUUUAUCAGUCAUCGGGGCGAAUCUGAUCGACGAAAGCAUGAGGCCUCUUACUCUAAGAACAGGAGCUAAAUCACAGAGUGAUCCCAAUGCUGGGUCCACAGCUCCUAGUCUUCCACGUGUCAACGAAGAACCCAUCACUACAAAAGACAAAGCGGGAGCUGCUAUUUUGACUGUCUUGAUGGCCGUAUCGAUUAUCGGGGGAGCCAUAUGGCUAAUGCGAUGA